AAAACACCAUCUUUAAUUUUCUAUUUUGUUUUUUAGUAUAAGAGAUUCUUUUGGAAAAUCCAUUUCAAGCAUGUGAAAACUUCAAACACCUCAAAACGAGCAACAAAUUGAUUAUCAUAAAUAUUUCUUGAAAUUACAAAAAUUGUAAUAUCAAUAGAAGAAUACUAUUUAUGUAAAAAUAUAUAUAACUUACUUCGUGAAUGGUUCCAUGAUAAAUGAUAAUUGAACAAAAAGAGUUCUGGAACAUUUUAUAAAAUAAAAUAAUUGGCACAUAUAAAAUUGAAUUAAUCCACUUCAGAAUUAUAUGUAUUUUUUAUUUAUCUGACUAUUGUUGAACAAUAUCAAGUUUUAUAGUUCUUCUUGAUUGCGUGCUUCUAAAAGAAAUAAACUGCCACUUCAAUCAAUAAUAUAAUGACAAAGAUGAAAAGAAACUUGGACUCUUUCUUUUCGCAUGAUUAAUUUCUUUAUAAAUUCAUCAUUUUAAUUUCUACAUCAAAAAAAAAUAAGAAACUACAUGAGACUAUAUUUUAAGUAAUUUAAUAAUAAUUUGUAUAUGCAUUAUUGUAUAUACACAAAAAUUCUUUCUUUACAUAAAUACAAUUAAAGAGAAAGAUAUUAAGUUUAAUUGUACGACUAACGACCGAUAAUUAUAUACUGAAAGAAUUUUAAAUUGCACUAUACCAGAUAUAGUCCGUGUAUAGUAAUACUGGUAAAAAUAAAAAAAAAAUAAACAGAUGAAGAAUGAAGUGACAAGCAACAUCUCGAAUUGAUAGAAUAGUCAAUUUUUCUCCUUUCAUUCAUCAAAAUUAUUAUUUUUCUGUCCAUAAAAAUUACAAGAAGAUUAAUUAAGGGAGGAAAUGAAUUUUCAAAAUUUGAAUCGUUUGAACGCCCUCGCAAACAUGGUUUCGGGAAAUUUUUUACCGAUGACCAAUAUAAAUGAGAAAUCAUCCAUAGUUUCGAAAAUUUAUUUCAUCAUCGUUUGGAUAAUACAAUUGAUAUACCUGGCUUCCUGUAUCCUCGGACUUUUCAAUGCACCGUGGGAAAGAGCGUUAAAGGAUGGUACAGUGAACAUGGUGCUCUUGUUCGAAGUGACAAUCUUGAACGUAUAUUUACAUAGUCGUAAAAAGUUGUUGCGUGGAUUAAUCGGGAAGCUGAAUCACAUUCUGAUCAAUGAGGACGAAAUAUUACGAAACGUGACAAUUAGCACGACGAAAACGUUGGAAAAACCUUUAAAAAUAUAUAUAUUUGUUAACGUUACUUCGGUUAUGGUUUGGAUAUUAUCGCCGUUGAUCAAAUUGUUUCGAAAAAAUGAGUUUUAUUACGAGGAUUUUAUAAUGCCAGCCGUUUUUUCCAAACAACCUUUUUCAACAGGUGUUUUUAUUUGUGGCGUUUUACUUCAGUUGUUUGGCGGUGAAUAUUUGUUAUUUAGGAAGAUUAGCUUGGAUCUGUACACGAUGCAUUUGAACCUUUUAAUAAUGGCACAAUAUAAAUACCUUAGAAUCAAAUUUGCGACUAUACUUAAAGAAAGAGGUGAAACUGCGAAGGAUACUUGGCAAAAUAUUCCGUGCGACAAUGAUAAAACGAUCAGACAGGAAAUGAAAUUGUUAACCCGCCAUUUUGAAAUUGUAAUCGAGAUGACUGGUAUGUUGAAGAAAUUGCUAUCUCCGAAUAUUGGAGUUCUUUACUUAAACUACGUUUUUCGAUUCUGCUUUCUGAGUUUUAUGUUUGCAACGACUUCAUUUUCAGAAAAACUUACGUACAUGAUAAUUGUGUCAUAUACAACCGGUGCAUUGAUACAAUUUUAUACAUUGUGUUAUUGCAUUCAAGAUUUAUUCGAAGCGAGUUCGUCUAUAGCAGAUGAUGUGGUGUAUGAAAAAUGGUACUCUUACGACGUACGCUUUCAACGUGUAAUUCUUAUGAUAAGUUUGGCUAACGAAUUAAAGUGUAAAAUAUCCAAUUUUCAAAAUAUUGAUUUAACUUUACCAUCUUUUAUGUCGGUAGGUUUUUAUUUGAUGAUUGUAAAAUAUUAUAUUAAAAUAAAUUAAUUAAUAUUAUAUUUUAAAAUUUACAAAAAUAAUA